CAUAAAUGGGUCCGAUUUACGUACUAAUGCUGACCGCAUUGGGGUUCCUGCAUUCUACUGGUGACUGGUGUGAUCAGGGCUCGGGUGCUGUAGUGGUACUAAUGAUCUGGAGGGCGUUUCAGACCCUGCGACGUGCAACAGGUGGCGACGGACUCAAGGUUAGAAACGGCGCUACGGAGCGUGGUUUGAUUUUGGACGAUACUUAUCGGAUGAGGCUUGGGCUCUUUGACUUGAGCGCCCUAUCCGAGGUGUCCAACAGGCAUCUUCAAGAAUGAUCCUCACCGCCCUGAUGGAGCCUUGUUCUUUGAAGGAGGGCAUACGAACUAUGACAUUCCGGGCUUGAAGGCUCAAGGAGUCGCGUUGCAGGAGAAGAGCGUGCCCCCAUUUUGUCAGUCACGCGUUACCUGAAAUGGCGCAUUGACUCUUACUAUCGGCCAGUAGCAUGAGUCCCUGUUUGCAUUGAAUUAUGCACAUGAUAGUCAUGGCAGUGCUAUGAACAUGUUUGUUGUACGCGCUGUG